UUGGGGUUGCACAAAAUGUCAGGACCUGUGGGGGCAAAGAGCAGAGUGGUGUUUGGAAAGAGAAACUCAGGGAGCACACUGCCCGCCUCCUAACUUGGCAAAGCAAACAUGGGACCAUGAGGGGAAAGGCUGCAUUUCAUUGGCGCUCACAAUGACUGCUUUUGCCAUUGCCACUGGCCAUUUGCCAGUGGCCAAUUAUUGCCACUUUCAGCUCAGCAAUAUCUCAAGAAGACUCCCUCUACAUGACCUUGCAGUACUGACUGCAUCAGGAGAAAAUUUCAUCUCCCGGAGGCUGCUGUCCAUCAGUUGUUCCUAGGGACAUCAGCAGAGACUGGUGUGAAGUGAACUCAUCAGUGUUGUAUUUUGCUCUGAUGCACAGUUUAUUGGAAUCAUUGGACCAUUUCAAGGCUUGCUUUUAACCAACGUUAGGGUGGAUCUAGAAAAGCCCCGGCUUGAUUUAACCACCUGGAUAAACCUGAACAUUUUACCAGAUGAGAGCUGGUAAAAUGAGAUCUUCCAACUGCAGCCUGUGGAAACACAAACGAUUUUGUCUUAUGUGCUCCUUUCCAGUGAUUCUUUCCCUGGGGCGAAGGGACCCUCCACGAUGUCACUGUUGCAAGGGGCCAAGGUGCUGCAGACACUGGAGGAAGCCUUGAGGAAGAGCCUCCCUGCGUCCAUAAAGGUUUAUGGGACUGUCUUCCACAUAAGACAGGGAAACCCAUUCAAGCUAAAGGCCCUGGUGGACAAGUGGCCUGAUUUUAACACAGUGGUUGUUCGCCCUCAGGAGCAGGAUAUGAUAGAUGACCUUGAUCACUAUACCAAUACUUACCAAAUCUACUCCAAAGAUCCCCAAGACUGCCAGGAAUUCCUUGGUUCACCAGACAUCAUCAAUUGGAAGCAGCAUUUACAAAUUCAAAGUUCACAGCCCAGCCUGAACGAAGUGAUACAACAUCUUGCAGCCACUAAAUCUUUCAAAGUCAAACAAACACAACGCAUUCUGUAUAUAGCACCUGAGACAGCCAAGAAACUGGUUCCCUCCCUGAUGGAUACACAGAAUUUGCCACCCACUGAUGGCAAGCCCAAGCCCAUCAAGCAAGAGAUGUUUAAACUCUCAUCCAUGGAUCUUACACAUGCUGCCUUGGUGAAUAAGUUGUGGUCUUUUGGAGGCAAUGAGAGAAGCCAGAAAUUCAUUGAGCGCUGUAUCCAGGCCUUCCCCAGCACUUGUCUGCUGGGACCCGAAGGGACACCUGUGUCCUGGAACCUAAUGGACCAGACUGGAGAGAUGCGAAUGGCAGGCACUAUACCAGAGUACCGGCUCCAUGGCCUUGUCUCCUAUGUGGUCUAUUCCCAGGGGCAGACAAUGGACAGACUCGGCUUUCCUGUCUAUUCUCACGUAGACAAUAACAACAAAGCUAUGCAAAAAAUGAGUCACAAUCUGCAUCAUAUCCCCAUCCCUGGAGGCUGGAACCAGUGGAACUGUGUGUCUCUGUGAACACAGCCUGAAAAUGCAACAGCAUUGUGUGGAUCUGGGCAUAUAACUGGAGGAGUGGACUUUAAUUAAUUAAAGUAAGAAUUAAUUGCUAUCAAUGGGAAAGAAGUGGGCACUAUGUGAACUCUUUUGAAGCAUUGUGAUGGUCAACAGCAUUGCAGAAUCCCUGCACCAUAUGGUUCUCAGUGAGGAGCAAGGCCACACUUCCAGCAUUUCUGUGACAUCCCUUACUCAGCUACAGAUUGCUCCCAAUUUCUUCUCCUGGAAUACCUAGUGCAUAAGCUGGGGGAUCCUUGCCAAUUUGGAGUGGGACUUGGGAAGGAAUGGGUAAUAUUUUCUGGGCACUAUUCUUUAUUCUUUUUUCUUGGUCUUUCUCUUACUUAUAAACAGGUGGUCUUUCUUCAUGAGGGCUUCAGAAAGUAUCCUCUCCUAUGAUUGCUUACUUAAUAGGUACAUUAACUGUAUCGUAGCAAAACAUAGUUGAGAUAUACAGGUUAAACACAUAGAGCAGAGAGCGUUAUUAGGGCAAAGAUCAACUCACACUGCCCUGUCCUCUUCCAGAUCUCAGUCCAGAAAAAAUAAUACAACAUGGCUUUUCUGGCUGAGCUUCCUAAAACUACCAUAAAUACCACACCCUGCCCAAACAUUGCGAUUUUAGUGUUUACUUCCACACAAUUUUGAAUGUGUUUGUUUAAGCCUAGUGGCUCAUGAUGAGAAGAACAUGGGGUAAAAAUAGGAAAGGGGGAAGGUGAGGCACACCCAAACCCAAAGAGAAGAGACAAGUUAAGGGCAGGGGUGGGUGGCAUGAGUAACUGCUGUCCCACCUGACUUCAGCAUAUCACAAGUCUUAGUUUGUUCCUGCAGCCAUAACUAAAUACUUGCAUUGGGUAAUUGAUAAAGAACAGAAAUUUAUUUCUUAUGAUUCUUGAGGCUGAAAGUUCAAGAUCAAGGUGCCAGGAGGUUUGUGGUGUCUGCUGAGGGCUCAGUCCCAAUACACUUUUUCGCUGUGUCCUCUGGAAGGGAUACACGCAGUGUGCUCACGUGGCACAAGGCAAAAGUGCACAAAAGCUAAACCAGCCUCACUUGUUCCCUCUGGUCCUUGUACAAGGCAUAAGUCCAGCCAUGAAGGUGGAGUCCUUGUGGACUAAGUACCACCUACAGGGCCUAGCACUUAAUACUGUUGCAUUGUGGACCAAGUUUUGAUAUGAGUUGGGGGUGGUGACAAACAUUCAAAUCAUGUUAUUACUUCAGGAUGUCUGGACUAUAUGAAGCUCAGAUAAUUAUCUAUAGAACGUCAGUUAUUUGGUCGAAAUAGCAGGAGAGAAAUGUUUCCAGGUUGGAAUAGGUUAGCUAGAACAGUUUCCUCUCCUAAAACUUUCCGAGAAAAAGAACUCAUCUGGGUAGAUACCUAGAAAUGGUAUUGCAGGAUUAAACGGUAGGUCAACUUUUAUUUCCUUGGAACUUCUCCAUACUUCUUUCCAAAAGGCUCUAUUAGUUUGCAGUCCCACCAGCAGCGUAGAAGUGCUCCUUUCUCUCCACAUGCACACCAACAUCUGAAGUUUUGGGAUUUGUGAUGUGGGCCAAUCUUACUGAAGUUAGGUGAUAUCUCUAACUGGUUUUGAUUUUACUAGGUAUCUACCCAGAUGAACAAAAAUCAUUUUACAGCAAAGACAUUUGCACCAGAAUGUUUAUUGAAGCCCAAUUCACAAUAGCCAAGUCAUGAAAGUAGCCUAAAAGCCCAUCAACCCAUGAAUAGAUAAACAAAUUUUGGUAUAUGUAUACCAUGGAUUAUUAUUCAGCCAGAAAAAGAGGGAGACGUUACAUCUUUUGUGUUUACCCAGAAGGAGCUGGAAUAUAUUUUUCUUAGUAAAGUAUCUCAAGAAUGGGGAAAAAAGUAUCCAAUGUACUCAAUAUUAUUAGGAAAACAAUAUAAACACUUACACAUUCAUACUAAUGAUAAAACACAAAGAUAAUCCAGAAAGAAAGAGGAGAGAUGAGGGAGAAGGGAGGGGAGGGGAGACGGUGAGUGAAAGGAGGGUAUUUGGUGGGAUCUCACCUCUUAUACACAAUGCAAGGGUACAUUUCAAAACAACUAAGAGUGUGUUAUGUCUUACCACAAAAAUAAGUAAGUGAGGUGAUGGUUGUGUUAAUUAGUUUGAUUUAAGCAUUCUACAUUGUAUAUCAAAUCAUCACAUUGUACCCCAUAAUUGUAUACAGUUAUGAUUUAAUAAACAUUAAGUAGAAAAAAAGAGAGAGAGAAAAAGAACUUACCACCAGCACCAGGCAUCAAAACAAGCUCUGGAAGGAAAAUAAUACCUGUAUUGUAAACCUGCUCCUUUCUGUUGCACCUGAACUCAGAAUUAGGCUCCAGAAUUGAGGAAGAAGCCUCCCUCUCUUUCAAAAACAAUGCCUGAGGUUUUAUUUCCAGGAUUUAUCAAUCUCACCAUCAUGACACUGUGGACUGGAUACUUCUUUGCAAUAGCAGCUGACCUGUGCAUUGAAGGAUGUUACAACAACCCCUCGUCUCCUAGUUCACAGCAACCUCAAACUCUUGGGUUUAAGCAAUUCUCUUGCUUCAACCUCCCAAGUAGCUGGGACUACAGGCACCUACCACAACGCCCGGCUAUUUUGCGAUGAGAUCUUGCACUGGAUCAAGCUGGUUUCAAACCUGUGAGCUGAGGCAAUCCACCUGCCUUGUCCUCCCAGAGUGCUAGGAUUUACAGGCAUAAACCACUGCACGGGCCUCCAGUUCCACUUUUGACAACUAAAAAUGUCUCCAGAUACUGGAGACACAAUUUCUCUCUUGAGAGCUACUGGGGUUUUUUUGGGUUUUUUUGCUGUUGUUGUUUGUUUUUUGUAUUUUUAUAUUUUCUUCUAUGAGAGCUACUGGUUUAGAGUAGUGGUUCUUAAACUCGAGCAUAUGUAAGAAUCACUUGACACGCUUGUGAAACCAGAGAUUAUCAGGCCUCACACCUAGAUUCUCUGAUUCAAAGGAUCUUUAAUAGAGCCUCACAAUUUAUGUUUCUAACAAAUUUUCAGAUGAUUUUGAUAUUUUCUGGUCAAGGAACUAUGAUUUGAGAACCACUAAUUUAGAGAAAUUAUAGAAUAUGUCCAAUUUCUUAAGACUACAGGUAAAAAUCUAGAAACCGUAUUCCAACAUAUCAUUUUAUCUUUGUAGUUAAAAUGUAAACUUUUGCUCUAAGUGAGUCAUCAUAUUAUUUUACAUAAUAUUCUUAAAGCUUUAAUGAAUUGACCAUUUCAGUGGUGACAAAAUAUUUCAUCAAUCUGAAAUUCACUUAAUCUUUUCUUAUUGGUGAAUGUUGAGGUUUAUUUUCUUUUAUUUGUUCCUUCCUUCUUCUUUUCAUUCCCUUUCAUCCUUUCUUCCUUAUUUGUCUACUUUCUUUUGUUGUUGUUUUUGAGACAGAAUCUCGUUUUGUCACCCUUGGUAGAGUGCUGUGGCAUCAUAGCUCACAGCAAUCUCAAACUGCUUGGGCUCAAGCGAUCUUCUUGCCUCGGACUCCUCAGUAGCUGGGACUACAGGUGCCCCCCAGAAUGCCUGGCUAGUUUUAGUGAUGGGGUCUAGGUUUUGCUCAGACUGGUCUUGAACUCCUGAGCUCAGGCAAUCCACCUGCCUCGGCAUCCCAGAGCGCUAGGGUUACAGGCGGGAGCCACCAGGACUGACCUUACAUUUUCUAAAUGUAUUUUUCUUGAGGAACAUUCUCAUGUCUGAAAGUGGCAAAAGUAAUGAAUGAUCACAUUCUCAUAUGACUUGAUUUCAGUUUCCAGAGUGCCCUUUCUCCCUGCUGCAAGCACAAAAAUAGAUGUGCCCAGUUCUCUACAAUAUUAAUUUAUUGCUUCCCGUGUGUCAGGCACUGUUCUAUGCACUGGAACAUACCAGUGAAUGAAAGAAAUAUUUCUGUGGGGUAUACCAUCCAUGAUCAUUUAGAAAGUUAGUAUCAUAGUAUAAUCGUAAAGAUUGUGUGGUACAAUUGUGUGGUGGAAAAUGCCAGGUCUGCCUCUUAAAAGUUCACAUGUUGGGGAUAAGGCAUUAACUCCCCAUGUUCCAGUGUUCUUCAGCUGUGAAAUAGUAUCCACCCUAUAGAACUGCCGUGAAGAUAAAGAACUUAAGGAUUCAAUAAACAUUGGACAUUAUGUUUAUAAUUAAACACCAGGAAGGCACAAUGAUUGCUACUGUGAGUGAGGUAGGAAAUGCUUAACAGGCUGGACCCAAGUAAUAUUGUUUCCAGAAUAUGGAUUGAAAAAUCAGGUCCAAUAUGGGAUGGUACCAAUACCUGGGAUGCCAAACUCUGCAUUCACCACUUCUUCAUAAAACCUGCUGGUUGAAGAACACCAGAGAUGUUUUAUUAAUAAAGGAAAGUAUACCUUCAGCUACUGAGUGUGUGCAGUGCUGAAUGCAAACAAUUACCCCACAUCAACAUUCACCGGGUUGUUUGGAAUCUGACUGGUCUUUUAUUUAGAAUGACAUCUUUACUAUCCUCCACGGCCCCACAUGGGGGCAUGUUGUACAUCUGUACUGCUCAGCAGAAACACAGAUCCCCUCCUUAUCUGGAGCCUCCUUCGCAUCACCCUGGGCCAGUCACCUCUACAACCUGGCUUCCACCAAAGUCCUUUGAGAAAUAAACUGGGUACCUCUGCAUAUGGAAAUUUCCUUUUACACGUUCUACUUCUUUUAACUGCCUUUGUCAAGAAUAGAAAAGAUCACGUUCGUUAUAUUUUAGCUAGUUAUACUAUCCAGCUAACUUCAUACUCCCACAAAUAACGUUGGCUGGGAAAAACAAACAGCAGAUUUGGCAUGAAAGAUGUUGGCAUUUGAA